AUGACCAGGUCAACCAGGGUCGCUCUCCGACGCGCCCCACCCCGACUCGCCAAGGAACGGCCGUCAGAAGCUCCGCGCCGAGCUCCGGGCCACACCCGUGUCACGCGAAGCUCGUCGGCCUAUCGCCGUUCUACUUUUUCAUCAUCAUCGGAAGCUUUGACCACGAGCGAUGACAAUAGUGACGAGGAAGGAGAAGAGCAUAAUGAUGAUGAUGAUGAUGAUGAUGAAGAUGAGCUAGUAAAAGACGGAUCGGCGUUGCCAGCGUCAAAUGGCCUACAUGGCGAAUCACGACAGCUUCGCAAGAGGGGCCGCCCCCAGAUUCCAUUCACAACCCAGACUCAAUUGCAAGCCAACCCACCAACAAAGCGCCUGAGGCAUGGUAAAACCUCCAAUGCCAGAGAAUGCAACCGCCGUGGCCGCCCAGCAAGUCUGACGAAUCCUCACAAAAAGUCUGCAUCGGCUUCCGCUCAAAAAAAGCUUGAGCCAUCAUCUCGCCAUCAGGGCCAGACAUUCAAUGAUCUUUACCGCCCCGAGCCUGGUCCUCGCCUGCCAUGGAGCGAGCUUCCUUAUCUGCUGCUGGUCGAAGUCUUCUCUUUUGCGGCUGCGCCCCUAAAUGACUAUGCUUCGGUGAGCUGGCUGCUCGCCACCAGCAGGAUUUGUCGGGCUUUUGCCGAGCCUGCGCUCACAGCUUUGUAUCGCAACCCGCCACUGCUCGAUGUUGCGAUGGCUCAUGGUCUUGUCCAACAUUUAGAGAAACCACCGUCGCAGACCAGGUUCAACUACCGUCAGAAGGUCGAGAGACUGGAGAUCGAUGUUGGACUUGUGGCGCAUCCUACCUACAAUCGCCAACACCUCGACCUCGAGAGUUUGGUGAAGAAUUGUCCUCGUCUGGCUAGCCUUGAGCUAUUCCAUCAAAAAGACAACCCACCGUACCGAGAUUUGGACGACCGCCUGCGCUGGCAGUACCCAGCUGGUCUUUUCCAAGGCCUUGCGGCAUCUGGGACACACCUGCAGAGUUGGCGUUGGAACUCGAGAUUGGCAGGUCCAGACCUUUCAUUCAAUGCCAUAAAAAUGAUCCAUGAGUCACCGAGCUUCUCGAGAUUACGAAAGGUAGCAUUUGUCAACUAUCAAAUGCCCUCCCUCCUGGCUAAGAAUGUCGACGAGGUCGAAAUUGAUGCCAUGGAUAAAAAGGAGGCUGAAACCAUUGCCACGUUGUUCCAAGACUGUUUGCCGGAACUGAAACAUCUUGUUUUCGAAUCAUGUACUAUUGUCAAUGAGCACCUACUCCCGCUUUUGCCUACCACCCUAGAGCAUCUGGAGCUGGUGAAUUGCUGGGACGUCACUGCAGACUCUCUCGCAGAGUUUCUGCGCUCACACGGGCAUCACAUGCUACACCUCAGUCUUCAUCACAACCAGUCACUUAGCCUUGCUUUUCUCCCACUGCUGGGAGAAUGUUGCCCAAAGCUAGAGACGCUACAGAUGAACCUUACAUAUUACAAACAUCAUUCCAGCUACGACGACUCACAGCCUGCUUACGACGAGCUGCUCCUGGCAGAUCAGGUACCAAAGUGGCCGCGGAACAUCAGGGUAGUAGCAAUCGAGAACAUGCGCAAAUGGAGCCCCGAAGCCGCAGAGGUGUUUUUCCAGUCAUUUAUAGACUGCGCAGCAGAGAUGCCUGAUCUGCGCGUUCUCAGCUUCAAGGUCAUGCUCAACAUACCCUGGCGCCAGCGCAGUGCGAUGCGUGAGGCAUGGGAGCUGCGCCUGAAGCGCUGUUUUGAGCGCAAACCAAAGAGUCCAAUGCCGUGGAGGUCUAUCAAGGAUGUGCCACUGCAGUGCGAUGCAGACGCCAAAGCACGCAUGAUGGAGAAAGCGAAGCGUGGCUUGCCAGAUAGGAGUGGAGCGGUUGAUGAGCCGACUCGCCGCAGCGGGCGCAUAUCGGAGCUUUCUGAGCGCUCAUCGCAGUCCAGCAGCGCCGCGCGCGGGCUGAGGUCAAAGGGUCGUGAAACUAUUUCAUAUGCCGAGCCCGAUACUGAUGACGAGGACCUGGAGGAUGAAGACCUGGGCGAUGAUGAAGAAUCGUCCCGGGAGACUGCAGAGGAAAAGUCAAGACCUUCCUCAUCGCACGAUGAAUCCUAUUUUGUUCAUGGUCUCUGUGAUGUUGUCGAUAUUAGGUUUGACAAUCAGAAACCGACAGAGAUGCAAUUUGGAAUGGAUGAUUUUCUAGAUCAGGAGGAUGCCGUCUCAGAUGACGACUGGGAUGGAGAUGAUGACGCCGAAGAUGAGAGAUAUGCUUGGUAG